AUUCAGUGAAGGUACUUCAGCUGAUCGAGAAAUUCAAAGAACAUUGAUGGAAUUAUUGAAUCAAAUGGAUGGUUUCGAUGCCUUAGGCCAAGUUAAAAUCAUUAUGGCCACAAAUCGACCUGAUACCUUGGAUCCAGCUUUACUUCGUCCCGGAAGAUUGGAUCGUAAAAUUGAAAUACCUCUUCCAAAUGAACAAGGUCGAUUAGAGAUUAUGAAAAUUCAUGCUCGUCCAAUAGCCAAACAUGGUGAUAUUGAUUGGGAAGCUAUAGUUAAAUUGUCCGAUGGAUUCAAUGGUGCUGAUCUGAGAAAUAUUUGUACUGAAGCAGGUCUUUUCGCUAUUCGAGCUGAAAGAGAAUACGUAAUUGAAGAAGACUUUAUGAAAGCCGUUCGUAAAAUAUCCGAUAAUAAGAAACUCGAAACAAAAUUGGACUAUAAGCCAGUCUAAAGAUAUUAACACUUUUUUUAUGUACCAACCAAGGAUAAUACUAAAACAAUAUGAAAAUAAAAAUUUUUGGUAAGAUUAA